UUACUUGGAGAUUUCAUUUAGAUCACCUUCAACAUUAGGUUUCUUUCAAAUGGCCCUUAAUUUUAGUUUUCUCUACCCAAAUUCUCUCCCUCGCCACCUUUAAGUUAAUUUCCUAUAAGUCUCUUUUAAAAACAGCUAUCAAAAUCAUUUAUUUUAGCAUCUUGAGAUGUACAGUGUAUAACUAUUGUCUAUCGACAAAGCAUACCUCAAAACGGCACACCAGAACGUUAGACAUCCUUUUUGCUGUGAGAUCCUUAACUCUGGGGGUUCUGUUUGUUCGUAAGACUCGGUCAGACAAGACGAGGAUGCAGCAAGUUUUUCCUAUGACAAACUCAUGUGGCUAUUUUGUUUUGUCAGGAAUCCCAUAAGUCUCUUAAUCUUUGUGUUUUUCUUUUAAAUUAUGCAACUAGUUUGAUAUAUGCUUGAAAUGCUAGACAGACUUUCAGAAUGGUAUCAGAAAUGUUAAUUUUUGGAAAAUUAAGAUUAUUUAAGACAUUAGACAGACAUUGCCACGUUUUUUUUUUCUUUAAAUUGAGGGGUCAGAGAUUUGGUUCAGUGGUAGAGCCCUUGCUUAGCAGGCCAGAAGUCACAGCUCUAAAUAAUGUAAGUUGAAGCACUAAUGUGACUUUUUAAAAGACUAACUCCAGUAAGUCAUUAAAAAUCACAGUGAGCACUCUUCAUGACUAACUUGAAUAUAAGACACAUUUGAUUUCUUACAGUAUGAAAGUUAAUUACUAAAUAUAAACAUAGGUGUUCAUCCUCAUAUUUUAUUACCUCCCCUCCCCCCAAGCAGCAAAAAAUACCUCAACUACUGGUUCUGCUACUCGUGAUAACUGGAGCUGUAAGAAGGGAGUUUGGGGCAUGUUUACCUUAUCACUACAGUCCGCUUUAGGAACACAGUGCAGAAAAUCAAGGGAGAGACCAUGCUGACUGUUUAGCUACUUCAGUUUCAUAGUUCCCACAACACCUCCACCAGGGGGCAGACGGUGGAAAAGAAAGAGACUCACAGGCGAUGGUUGUCUGAAGGGGUGUACAUCCAUCCACCCAGUGCUCCAUUCACAGACCCAGGAACUCUGACCCUCAAGGGGCAGCUAGCAGAUGUGCCUCCCAGAUGGGUGUCCUGUGGGUGCUGAUGUAUGAUGAAGCAGCAUCUUGGUAAGACCGCAGUUACAGAGCGCCACAGCCUCUGGGGCAUGUCAAGGCAGCUGCUUCUCGUCUCUGGGUUAGAGAGGGUGCGUGUGAAAUGCUUAGGGCAGAGCUGCUGCGUUAGAACACGUGGGGUUUGUGAAUUGGGAAACCUUAGAGAGUGUAUUACGUACUGACUUCUAACUACACCUCACGUGUAUGGCAUUUCUCAGACUGCGUGUCUCUUCAGAAGGAAAAUACCCAUUACCCUGCCAGUUGCACACAUGUGCCCUUGUCCACACAGUGACACUCAAGGACAGUGACAGGUCACAUAGUCUACUGAGAUGGACUAUUUCAGUAUUACCAUAUAUAACAGUAUACAAUGUUUAAAAUUUUAAAGAUUUUGAUUGAAAUUGGACUAAAAAAAAUCAUGUCUAAGAAAACUUAAUAAAGUCUUUGGUCCCUUUAUUUUAUCCUUUUUCUGUUUUCUUUUUCUUUCUUUUUGCUGAACAUUUAACAAUCGUCUCGGUCUUCAAGUGGCAAUACCACCCACCCCUGCAGUGGAAUGUCUCCAGUGCUUUCCUUGCUACCUUAAAAAUGUGGCUCCCUGUGAAGGACAGGUGUGGUUUGCUGGCCCCUGACUUCAGCCUGUGGGAUGAUCUUGGCAGGCAGUCCCAGGCUGGAGCGCCCCCGGUCCAUGAAGCCUGAGCAGCGACUCAGUCUUCCAAAAGCAGUUUCCUCCCUUAACUUGGAGCAGAAGACAGAUUUGCAAUUUUCAUAAUGCAAAUAACGCCUGCCUUCAAAACCUUACAUCGUUUCAAACACAACAAACUUGGCGUUGAAUUGCCAGUGCCUGUAUGGCACUCAUUUUGGUACUUGCCAGGCUAGAGUCCUGCUUGGAGGAAUGGGGUGUCCUAGGAUGUGAUCAAAAGAGUUCACUAGGAGGAGAGUGGCCCUUUACACUGUCAUUCUGUAUCUAAGUCUGGCCUUUGCUGCUGUCCUGUAGUUUAAGGUUUUUUUUUUUUUUUUUUUUUUUUUUUUUUUUUUUUUUUUUUUUUUUUUUUUCCUGGUGUGGAGGAUGGGGGCAGUAGACUCUUGACUUCCCAUCUGCCUUAGAAGAAUAACUUUUGAAGACAGGGGUGGGUAUGGAGGAACUGUCAUUAAGGGUUAUGGGUAGGACCCAGAGAGUGAAGGGAGGGAGUGGUCUGCGGGUGGGGUCUGCCCAGCAGACAAAAUAUGGGGCUCCCAUCCCCUGAGUACAACUUCUCUCCGAGUGAGGAGAAAGACAUCCGUAGUGCCUCUCCCAUAGAGCGGAGAAAAGCGACCGAGAUAAGAGUGGACGGAGGAAAAAGAUAUGUUUACGAAACGGCCCCCUGCCCUUGCUCCGGAGGAGCGCAGUCGCCGAGCUAACUCCCCAAAGAGGGUAAGAUCCACACCCCGCGCUCCUCCCGCACACAGGUUGCGUGGCCCGAGUCCUGGUGACUUCAGAGUCAAACCUUUUCUCCUCGUCCCUUCCUGCCUUCCUCGGGUGCCACCUCCUUCCUGUCCGUGGGUCAGUGAGCACGGACUUCUCAGUGGCAUGCUCAGUGCCCUGCAGCCGGUCCCUAGGCGGACGGUCCUCCACUCCGGUGGCUUGGCGUCGUCGGGGACACUGGCAGUCAUGGACAGGGUUUUCUUUAGCAUUCGGGUCAGCUCAGUGAGGAGAGCCCACUGCUCCUGUCCCGGGCCAUGCUACCUCUCUUGCAGAGUCCCUCCUACCGCCGCCCUCCUCGCACCGAGUGGGCUUGGCUGCGUGCAGGUUCCGGGGGAGGCUGCAGGUGGAGCCGUCGGCCCCGGCCCCUCCGGGACCGGUGGCGGCUUCUCCGGGUCCACGUUCCAGGCUCCCCGCAGCAGCUGGAAGGAUUGCGUCGGAGCCCCGCCUGCCCCAGACGUCUUGAGAGCCAACCGCGGCGUGGGCGAGGGCUGCCCUCAGAAGCUGGUGACCGCUAGUCUGCUGCGCUUCCUCCUGCUGGUGCUCAUCCCCUGCAUCUGCGCUCUCACCGUGCUGCUGGCCAUCCUGCUGUCCUUUGUGGGAACAUUAAAAAAGGUUUAUUUUAAAUCAAAUGGCAGUGAACCUUUCGUCACUGAUGGUGAAGUUCAAGUGCCUGGUGUUUUCCUUGCAACUGCAGUAUAUAAUGAGAGCGCAGGGGUACCCACGAUGCCCCCGAGCCAAUUCACUCCAGCCUGGACACCUAGAGCUACUCCUUUCUCUGGGGACCAGAGUCCGAGGGAUACAAGUGCCUGCAUGAACAUCACUCACAGCCAGUGUCAGAUUCUUCCCUACCACAGCACCCUCACACCUCUUUUGCCAAUUGUCAAAACCAUGGACAUGGAGAAGUUCCUCAAGUUCUUUAUGAACCUCCAUCGCCUCAGUUGCUAUCAACAUAUCCUGCUCUUUGGCUGCAGCCUCGCCUUCCCUGAGUGCAUCGUUGAUGGUGAUGACAGGCGUGGCCUCCUGCCCUGUAGAUCUUUCUGUGAGGCUGCAAAAGAAGGGUGUGAGUCUGUCCUGGGGAUGGUGAACUCCUCCUGGCCGGCUUCCCUGCGAUGCUCUCAGUUUAGAGACCACACCGAGAGCUACAACAGUGUCAGCAAGAUCUGCUUCUCGCUGCAGCAGGAACACGGGAAGCAAUCUCUCUGCGGAGGGGGUGAGAGCUUCCUGUGCCCGAAUGGGGUCUGCAUCCCUAAGAAGCUGCAGUGUAACGGCUACAACGACUGCAAUGAUUGGAGUGACGAGGCUCACUGCAACUGCAGCGAAGAUCUGUUUCACUGCCACACAGGCAAGUGUCUCAACCAGAGCCUCGUGUGUGAUGGGUAUGAUGACUGUGGAGAUCUGAGCGACGAGCAAAACUGUGAUUGCAAUCCCACGAAAGAGCAUCGCUGUGGGGAUGGGCGCUGCAUUGCGGCUGAGUGGGUGUGUGAUGGGGACCACGACUGUGUGGACAAGUCUGACGAGGUCAACUGCUCUUGUCACAGCCAGGGCCUGGUGGAAUGCAGGAGUGGACAGUGCAUCCCUGGCACCUUCCAGUGCGAUGGAGACGAAGACUGUCAGGAUGGGAGUGACGAGGAGAACUGCAGUGACAGUCAGACGCCAUGUCCAGAAGGAGAUCAGGGGUGCCUCGACAGUUCCUGCCUCGAUUCAUGUGCUGGUAGCUCUCCGUGCGACUCAGACAGCAGCCUGAGUAACUGUAGUCAAUGUGAGCCAAUCACUCUGGAACUCUGCAUGAAUUUGCCCUACAACCAUACACAUUAUCCAAAUUACCUUGGCCACGGGACUCAAAAGGAAGCGUCUAUCAGCUGGGAGUCAUCUCUCUUCCCUGCACUUGUUCAAACCAACUGUUACAAAUACCUCAUGUUUUUUGCUUGCACCAUUUUGGUUCCAAAAUGUGAUGUGAAAACAGGCCAACGCAUCCCCCCUUGCAGACCCCUGUGUGAGCAUUCCAAAGAGCGUUGCGAGUCUGUUCUUGGGAUUGUGGGUCUCCAGUGGCCUGAAGACACAGAUUGCAAUCAAUUUCCAGAGGAAAAUUCAGACAAUCAAACUUGCCUCCUGCCCAGUGAAGAUGUGGAAGAAUGUUCUCCGAGUCACUUCAAGUGUCGCUCAGGGCGGUGCGUUCUGGGUUCCAGAAGAUGUGAUGGUCAGGCUGACUGUGAUGACGACAGUGAUGAAGAGAACUGUGGUUGCAAAGAGAGAGAUCUUUGGGAAUGUCCAUCCAAUAAACAAUGUCUGAAGCAUACAUUGAUCUGUGAUGGUUUUCCAGACUGCCCAGAUAGCAUGGAUGAAAAAAACUGCUCGUUUUGCCAGGAUGAUGAGCUGGAAUGUGCCAACCAUGAGUGUGUGCCACGUGACCUGUGGUGUGACGGAGGGGCCGAUUGCUCAGACAGUUCAGAUGAAUGGGACUGUGUGACCCUCUCUAAAAAUGGGAACUCCUCCUCAUUCCUGGCUGUUCACAGAUCUGCAACAGAACACCACGUGUGUGCUGACGGCUGGCAGGAGACGUUGAGUCAGCUGGCCUGCAGGCAGAUGGGUUUAGGAGAACCAUCCAUGACUGAACCGAUACAAGGACCAGAAGGCCAGCACUGGCUGAGGUUGCACUCGAGCUGGGAGGAUCUCAAUGCGACCACCUUGCAGGAGCUGCUAGAGCACGGGCAGUCCUGUCCAAGCAGAAGUAAGAUUUCCCUUCUGUGUGCUGAGCAAGACUGUGGUCGCCGCCCUGCUGCUCGGAUGAACAAGAGGAUCCUUGGGGGUCGGACUAGUCGUCCUGGGAGGUGGCCCUGGCAAUGCUCUCUGCAGAGUGAACCCAGUGGGCACAUCUGUGGCUGUGUGCUCAUUGCCAAGAAGUGGGUCCUGACAGUUGCCCACUGUUUUGAGGGGAGAGAGGAUGCUGAUAUUUGGAAAGUGGUAUUCGGCAUAAACAACCUGGACCAUCCAUCAGUCUUCAUGCAGACCCGCUUUGUGAAGAGCAUCCUGCUACAUCCCCGUUAUAGCCGGGCGGUGGUGGACUAUGACAUCAGCAUAGUGGAGCUGAGUGAUGAUGUCAAUGAGACAAGCUACGUCAGACCUGUCUGCUUACCCAGCCCGGAGGAGUAUCUAGAACCGGAUACCUACUGCUACAUCACAGGCUGGGGCCACAUGGGCAACAAAAUGCCCUUUAAGCUGCAGGAGGGAGAGGUCCGCAUCAUUCCUCUGGAGCGCUGCCAGUCUUAUUUUGACAUGAAGACCAUCACCAGUCGGAUGAUAUGUGCUGGCUACGAGUCUGGCACUGUGGACUCAUGCAUGGGAGACAGUGGUGGGCCUCUGGUUUGUGAGCGACCUGGAGGACAAUGGACAUUAUUUGGCUUAACUUCGUGGGGCUCCGUCUGCUUCUCCAAAGUUCUGGGGCCUGGAGUGUACAGCAAUGUGUCUUACUUUGUUGAAUGGAUCGAAAGACAGAUAUAUAUCCAGACCUUUCUCCAAAAGGAACUCGAAGAAUGAUCAGAGACUUUGCCAGAAACGCACACAAGAAUGGCCCUCUUGACUGCGAAGAGUGUCCAGAGUGUCCCACUAAGUGCUGUAUGGACGGGCUUUUCAUGGGCAGGGUGCCCAACCUGCCAACACUGCAAGACCUCUUGUUUGCCUCAGAUCCAUUUUACUCAGCUUUUGAUUUUUUUCAACUUUUUCAUUAAGUUCACGACUUCUUUUUUAAAAGCACAGACCAAAGUAGGUUUUGUUUUUUUCCCUUAGGCUAACCUUGAAUGUAGUGUGGAAUUAUCAACCCCAUAGAGACAACAUUUGGAGCUCUAGGGUAACGAGUUAUAGGGAGUUCUUUUUCAUACUGUCACACCAAACACAUGGAGAUACUGAUGGAUCUCCUCCAGGUUCAGUUCAAACACUGCAGCAUAGGGGGCACAUUUCAGAACUGAUCCUGGAAACUGGCUUUUAAUUCAUAAAAAGCCAAGAUGAAGUACAUGCUUAUAUUAUUUGCCAGACUCUUCUAAAUAGUUUGGAGAAAUUAUGAAAGACAGAGAAAAGACCCAUCGUAUUGAUCUAGACAGUUGAAGUUGCAAGACAUACAGAAUGUAAAAUUCUCUAGCCAUCAAAACUAACACUCAGAAGUAUAAUUCUAUCCCUUCUACAUUCAAAUUAAGAUUGUAAUUCCAUAAAAAAUCUCCAUAGGACUUUCCCUGUUACUGGGGAUUUUUAGUCUAUAUCAGUUAUAUGACCAAGAUUUCAACAACUAGGUCAAUUCUUGGGGAAAUAUAUUGUUUGCCUAUAUGAAAAUGAAUGAGAACCUUCUCCACUUUGGAGACAAGCAAUUAAAAGGGGGAAGAAAAUCAAAGGUAUCCCACCCCCAAUUAAAUCUGGAAAUUAGUCUUCCUGUGUUCACCCAAACCAGAAAUGUUACAGAAACUAUUUCAAAGUGGAGCAAAAUGUUGCAUGGAGCAAAACAUUUUGCAAUUUCCCCCAAUGAUGUCUAACAUCUGGUAUUGCCAUUUUGCCUCAUUGAUAAUUAAAACAAAAAUUGAAAGAUGUUUUUAAGCACUGGGCCACUUUACGCAAAUCAAUUUCCAAAGCAAUUAGUGGUUAAAAGUAUUUUUUUUCCACUAAAAAGCUUCCAAACACAAACCUUAAUACAUACCUAAUUUAAUUAGCCAGACAUCAACUAUGUAACAUCCAAAUGCCUUUUUGAAUAAGUAGGAUGUACUAUUAAACUUCACCAGCAACCAGCCUGCCUCAGCAUUCCAAACAGGGACUACCUGCAGUUUUAUAUGUGUAUUUUGUAUGCUUUUUCUAUGUGUCAAUAUAGUUCAAAUCCAACAAGUUGUUUCAACCCUUAUUUUCCAUGUUAUUCACCUCUUGUCCUGGAACUUGUUACAAAGAGUACUUGUACUGUGUUCACAAUGGCAUGAGGGUUUAAGACCAUUGGUCUGUUUUGUUACAAUUGCUGGCACAUAAUUAAUGAAGCAAUUUUUUAGCCUUGAUGAACUCAUAUUCAGUAAAAUGGACAUGUUGGGGUUAUUUUCAAUAAUUAUGAAUACAAAUGAAAUGAUAAUUUUUUUCUUCUUGAGGAAUAUGGAUGGAAUAUAGAUACCACCUUCCAGGAAAGUGAUUCUCUCUCUUAUAGCACAGUGGCACCCAGUUUCCUGUCAGCCAAAAUUUACAUGUUAUAUAUAUCUCACUCUCACAGGAACCUGAUCUUUCAGACUAGUAACAACUUCAUCUUUAGUCUUAGGAGUUGCUAAUCGUAUUAGUUGUUCCUGGAGUACCCCAAAACAUCAGCCCUGCUAAGAGAACACGAGUCUCCAAUGCCUGCGGAGCAUUUUUGCAAGCGUUCCUACUCUUUAGAAAACUUUUAUAAUAAAAUUAUACCCCAAACCAUUUAUUAUUCAUUUUCUUGGAUUCCUCAGAAUUUGGUGAAAUAUUCUAAAUAUGAAAACAUACCACACCACACUAGCUAUGCUAAUUUUGCAUAACAUUGUUAUUCUCUUGUAAAUUCGACCUUUAAAAAGCUUUACAAAGAUCUGAAUCUCCUCAGUCUAGCAGUCGGGAGGUUUUUUUUUUUUUAUUUUUUUAUUUUUUUUUAUUUUUUAUUUUUUUUUAGAAGUUUUCAAAUUAAAAAAAAAAGGCAAGUUAAUCAACAUGUAAUUAAACGCAGCAAUACUUUUGUAGCAAGAUACACAAAUGAUUCCAUCAAGGAUAUAUGUAGCUUCAGAUUUUUCUAACACAUUGAGUUUGCACCUAAUUUAUGAACAAAGUUGUGAGGGUUCAAUGCUUUCAUAUAUUCCUAUGGACAGAUAAUUUAUAUCUUGGAAACGACCUUCUUCCACUCCUUUUUGGUAUAUCCCUUUAACCUUUAGAUGCUUUAAAGCCUUUUAUAUGCAUAGGAGCAUGCAUGUCUUUAACGUUUAUUUCAGGAAUGGCGAUCUCAAAGCAAGGAACUCCAGUUGCUAUAGGGACAAUGAAUGAAUGAUGUGAUUUUUCCCCCCAUAAACGAAGAGGUCCAAACAGCAUCCUGGCAAAGGCAUGCCUUAGCGUCCUCCUUCUCAGCUCUGACACCAAUUAUACCCACAUUCAGAGAGGAGGCACGCGAGUGACGACAGCUUUCAGUGAACAUUAUUCAUUAAAUAAUUUAUUUAAAAAAAAUCUUAGGGAAGCAGAAGGCCACUUCCUUUAGCCACAUGAUAUUGUCAUACUUCCAAAAAAUGAGUCUAUAUAAAAAGACAUUUGACAACAACAGGAAGGUACAGAAAGUGACUAGGACAGUACAAGCAGGCAACGGUUAGGCCCUGAGAAUAACAGUUGAUAAGACUUUGCUGUAGAUACUGACUUUUAGCAUAGAGAGUCAUGAAGGCAGUUCCACAUGACGGGUAGGUGACAGCUUUCAGGUGAAUACAGAAGUUUUGAAAGACUUCAACGAGAAUACAUGACCUCACAGUAGCCAACUGACUCGCCUGGUGUAAACUAGCUCCUAGGCACUAAAUGAAGCCAGCGUCCAGUCCACGAUGUGUCACAGCAGGAAACUUGCUACAGACAUUGCUACCCUUAAAUAUGUUAAUUUUUUCUAAGAGCUUGGGAGUCCCACUGAGCAUAACCUGUAUCAGUCUCAACCCAGAUUUCAUUCUGUAGAGGCUACAAAUGCAGACAGGCAGUUGAGCACUGUUAUGACUAUGGACUCUCAAAUGGUCUCUGGAGGACUGUUUUGAAGAUGAUUGUCUCACGGUGGUGCGGGUAUCGUCAGUUUUGGAACUCAGGGGUUGCUCAGUUUCUAGGCUCAGCUGAUUAUGUUUCAUUACCUAGUUGUCUGUUUUCUGAUCGACAACACCUGCACAUGGGGAGCUCGUGUGUCAUCUCGUAACAGUAGACAGAGCAGAAGUCAGCCUGGUGCUGUUGGAAACACUAACCCUCUUCUCUCCCUUUCCUGCAAAGGCUCUACUUCAGCACAGUGCUGAAACGAGGAUGCUAAACACCUGCAGUCGGGGACCAAAGGCUUCUUCUCACGGGAAACAAACGGUUCUUGGGGAUUUGACUUUAAAUUAACGAGUUUUCCUAAUAAAGCAGGUUUUUUGAUUGUU